AUGACAGCCGUUUUCUCCAUACCGAAGACAAAGGUCUUCCAACUCCUUUGGACCGGAGCAGAACCCCCAACGCGUAUCCGCAUCGAACAGUACAUCGACUCCCACCCUUUGACCCGAUCCCUGCGAAGAAAUCCCCAACUCAUCGAGACAAGACCUCAUCUUGACGUAUUCGAGUCCAACCGAUCUCGGAACCUCCUCACAGGAGCCUUAGCCGGUCCCGAGAAAAUCAGCGUGGCGCCCUUUGUCUUUCAAAAUCCAGGGAAAAGCAUGAUAAUGCUCAUGCAUCUUGGCAGAGAUACGUGCAGCCACGAUGGUAUUAUUCACGGCGGUCUCCUUGCGACACUGUUAGAUGAGUGUCUAACACGGUGUUGCUGUCCGGCAUUUGAGAAGAAGGUUGCUGUGACUGCCAAUUUGAAUAUCGAUUACCGGAGUCCAGCAAUGGUGGAUUCUUAUUUCGUUGUUCAUGCCAAUAUUACUGAGGUGGCGGGUCGGAAAGCGUGGGUGGAUGGGUGGAUGGAGACUUUGACUGAUGGGAGUGAAUCGACUCUUGUUGCACAAGCGAAGAGUCUUUUUAUUGAGCCUAAGCAGGCAGCGGUAUGUUGA